GCCAUGUUGAGAGACUCCCGGGUGCUUUGGUACGCUCGACGCGCGAUGAUCCAGUUCUCCUGUCCGGGUGGACUCAAGCACCUGAAGCUCGAGAAUGAUCCCGAGCUCAAGAAGCUGGAAGACACCUUCCGGAUGUUCACGCGGCUCGCGUGGCAGGCGCUGGGGUGGAUCUUCCUGAAGCUCGCGCUCGCCACCGUUGUGGUCUUCAAGAUUUAUCGGCCGCUGGCCAUCCGCUACACUGACUCCCUGGCCGAUCGGGCACUUCUGAGAUGCUUACUGUAUCUCAGUGUCUUCAACCUUGGCCUUCGGUCGGUGCUGUGCUUCACGAAGAAGGUUUGGCGUGAAGGAGAAGACGACAGCUUCUACCACCAAA